GAGGCAGUCGGAGGACAGGGUCCGGACAGGCUCCGCUCUAGUUCUAUUUGUGGACUAAUAUUUUUGCGAUGGAUCCACAACCUCCGCCAAAGCCGUGGGAAAGGCGGAUUCCAGGAGCCAUGAGUGCACCUAUAAACUACAGGUCGACAGACUUUGGACCUGCAUCAGGCCCCUCGUCCUCUGCUGGUCCUCCUGUCCUGACCAGAAUGGCUCCACCAGUGCCCCCUCGCCCCGUCCAGCAGUCCUACCGUCCAUCCUACAGCUCUUUCACUUCAUCUUACAGCCCCUAUGGGAGCUCCAUGUACAGCGGCUACAGCCCCUACAGCUACGGUGGUGGCUAUAGUGGUGGCUACGGCGGUGGCUACGGUGGUGGCUACGGCUUGGGAGGGUACAGCCGCUUGUCCCACACAGAAGACCCUGUCGCCCCCAGCCGGUUUGUGCAGCACGCGGAGGAGAGCAGCCGUGGUGCCUUCCAGUCCAUUGAGAGCAUCGUCCAAGCCUUUGCCUCAGUUAGCAUGAUGCUUGACGCCACAUUUUCAGCAGUGUAUAACAGUUUCCGUGCUGUGCUGGAUGUAGCCAACCAUUUGACACGGCUGCGUGCACAUCUCACUCGAGUUUUGUCAGCAUUCGCUCUGGUGCGCACAUUGCGCUACCUGUACCGACGGCUGCGGAGGCUCCUGGGGCGGGGCUCAGACGUUGAAGACCUGUGGGCCGACAGCACGAGUGAAGCCCUGGCUACAACCUCAUCUACAGGGUAUGGAGAAGGGGUGGAGGACCAGAGGGUGAAGUCCUGGCCAAUCUUUCUGUUCUUUGCUGUUGUCCUGGGUGGACCCUACCUCAUCUGGAAACUGCUGAGCUCCAGCUCUGAUUCUGAAGAAAGCGCCACGAACUGGGCCAGCGGGGAGGACGACCACGUAGUGGCCAGAGCAGAGUACGACUUCUCAGCUGCGUCUGAGGAGGAGAUUUCUGUUCGGGCUGGAGACAUGCUCAACCUCGCUCCUAAAGACCAACAGCCCAGGCUGCGUGGCUGGCUGCUGGCCAGCCUGGACAGUCAGACCACAGGGCUUGUCCCAGCCAACUAUGUCAAGGUCCUCGGCAAGAGAAGAGGCCGCAAGCAUGUAGAGAUGGAGAGGCUCGCUCAGGUCCAGGAAGAGACCGCACAGGCCUCCCAAACUGCCUUAGCCGCACAGCCACAGUCGGUUCCAGCCCAAGGCUUUACCCCAGGCCUCGCUUCAGCCUCCGCCUCAGCUUCCUCAGAGGAGCUGCUGGAGACCGUGUACAGAGAAACGCCAGCUUCCUUCGGCCUGGGAACAUCCAGCUCCAGCAUGCCCUCCAGCACAGUGCUGAACAUCCCCGACAAGACGGACCUGUGAUGUGUGUGCGUGUAUGCAGAGCUUUUCAGUCAUAACAUUGGUUGGCUUAGUCAGUACUGCUUUGCAAUCUUUGUUUGGAGGGUAACGGUCUGAACUUCAUCAACAAUUGGUUAAAGUAGUUAUUGAUUCAGCUCAUUUAAUGCAAUUUAGACCUUGUGAUAAGGUGACUGGUUAAAAUGGUUUGCGUACACAGGUUCACUGUUUAUGUCUGACAUUAUGAGAUUUAAAUUUGUUUAGUCAAAGCUUGUACAAGAAAGUUUUGUGUCUUCUCUUAAUAGGUUUCCAUUAAUGGGAUGCACUGGUACAUCAUCUGUAUACAGACAGUGUAAGAACAAAGCCAAGGUAUGUUGUUUGAUAAUGUGAUAAUGUAACCUGGUGUACGGUUUUGGCUCUCUCUCUCGCCUAAAGGCUGCCCUUCUGUGUUGUCUUCUGUGGGAAGCAAACAAGAUUAAUCCAGAAUAAGAAGCGGCUAAUUUUGCACAUUUUGAACCGUUUCUUAGUCACAUCAUGUAAUUUUGUAAAUAUAUAUAUAAUUAUUUUGAAAAUAAAUAUUUCUAAAAAUCUUAUUUUGUCCAUUGUGUUACACAGUAUCAUUAUUGAGUUAAAAUGGGUUGGAAGCUGGAUCCUACAGACUUUAUCAGGGUUUUCACAUAGCAGAACUGUAACAGAGUGUCAGAGUCACAAUCUGUAUAGGGAUGACCAGGCUGAGAACAUUACUCACGCUAGGGUGGCACAAUGUUCUGUUUUUGUUUGUUUCUUUGUGUAGUUUUUUUUUAUUUGUUUUGUUUUUCUUAAGGCUCCAUUGUCUUUUUUUUUUGAUCACCCAUUUUUCAAUAAUAUGCAUAUGCAGGUAGGACUGCCAUGUAGCUCAUGUACAGUGUAAGCUUUUUAAAUGUAACCCACAACUGAUUAAAUUUGGAAUGGUUGCGAAAGG